AUGUCAAAUCUUCAAGACAACCCUGAAACUCCACCACAUGUGUCACCUAACACUAACUCAUCUUCCAUACCUACUAGUGAAUCCCCAAAACCAAGAUUUCGUAAGACAAAACUGAUAGCAAGAAAAGCUGUUGCAUCUGGUCCCUUGAGAAAAGCUCUAAACGAAAGAUUGAAGGCCAGUCAAAGGAAAGAAUCUUCAGCUAAAGAAACUUAUUCCAGUUCUGAGUCUGAUCAAUACAUAUCUGCCAGCGAAGGAGAUGAACCUGGGUCUUCUCACAAUGUCACACCUCAAGAAAACCCAAAAGAUGUAAAAUCUUGUUUUGUUCCUGUUGAUGUAGUUGAAAAGGUUGAAAGUAGGUAUGUUCUGAUACGGGCUGCUAAGGAUGUAUCUGGUAGUGAUUCUGUGAAAUUAAGAAAGAAUAAGAGGAAGGAGGUGCUAGCUAUAUGUGGGAGUGGGGAAGUAGGGGUCUCACAAUUGGGGGGAAGUAGAUCAGGAGAGGCUGCUGAAGGGUUGGUUGAUUUGAGCAAACAACCUGUUGAACCUAGUCCAUUUGUGGAGGAGACCUUGGCUGAUAUGAUGAAGAAGGUUGGGGGUAGUUAUGAUCCCAAGAAACGCAAGGCUUCCUCAUUAAGGACCCCUUCUGCUUCAAAACCAACUAAGAAAUCCAAACAUGCAUCACCCAAGGCCACUCCUAGGGUUAGAACAACAAGAAGCAAGGUUAGAGAGAGUGAAGCUGAGUUGAAAAGGGCAUUAGAGGAGAGUAAGAGAAAAAGAAAAGAAAAGGGGAAAGGGAAGGUUGGUGAGAAUUCAGAAGCUGUAGCUGAGGAGGAGGACGAGGUGAUGGAAUUGGUCCAUCCAGAGAAACAUACUACUGAAGAGGCUCCUAUAGCAAAUUCAAAGGAGACCAGGACUUCUGCCAAGAAGCCCUCAAAGCCAGUACCUGUUGAGUCCUCCCUUGCCAAGAGAACAAGGUCUGCUUCUAAAGGCAAACAAGUGAAAAUGGUUGAAGAAGAAGAAGAGAGUGAUGAAGAAGAGAAAGAAGAUGAAUCUGAGAAUGAGCAGGAUAGGUAUGCAAACAAUGUCAAAAGAAAAAUUCUGAAGGGUAGGUUAGUGAAAGACCUGGAGGAGCCAGGCAAGAUAAGACUACUGACUGCAUUGGGAGCACAGGGCUGGAAGGACAUAGUCCUUCAGAUUGAAGGAAAAUUGUCAAGAAAGGAACUUGUGGAGUUCAUGGCCAAUGGAAUAGUGAAAAAUGGUGUGGUAACCAGUACAGUGAAGGGUGUCAAAGUGAAAUUCAAUACUGCAAAGCUGGGCAAGAUUCUAGAUAUCCCUUGUGAGGGGUACGAUGACUGCACAAGGCAGAGGUGGCCUUGUUUCGAUGGGUUGCCCUCUGAGCUGCAAAUCACAAGAAAUUUUUGUGACACCAAAACAGAUGAAGAAGUGCCUGAGGCUAGGGCAGUCCAGAAAAGUGAGAUGAGGUCAAAGCAUAAAGUGCUCGUUGAGUUUGUCAACAAAUGCCUUCUUCCCAGACAGGAGAGAAGGCAUACAACAAAUUAUAUGGAUCUGGUACUCAUGCAGUGUAUGAAUGAAGGGAAGCAGAUCAACUGGCAUGUCUUUAUUGUGAAGUUGCUUGAAAGGGUAAUGAAUGGUUCAAAGGCUCAUGCCAUUCCCUAUGGGUUUAUUUUGACAAUUGUGCUUGAACGACUAGAUGUUCCCUUUAAAAGAUGGGAAAUGGCAUCCAGCAAGGAACACUUUGGCAUCAAGAUCCUUCAAGCAUGUGACUAUUUGCCCAGUACUAGUCCUAGCAAGGCUCAAUGCCAGAAUUGCUGA